GUAUCCCACAUGUGCAUGGCUCCGACCAUACUGUGGUGUCCAUAUAGCUUAUAAAUACGCUUCAUACGUGUUUUUUGUUGGUGUAAAAUGUCUUUUAGUUUUAACUUUGAUGUGCAUGCACAAUCGGUAUCACCAGAAGACGUGGGAGAAAGUAACGUUGAGAAAGACAAAGCUGACAUUGCAGCCAAACAUACAACGGACGAACCAACAGCAGCAGAGAAUAUCAAGGAGGCUGCAGAGCACUGCCCGCCGCCUGACCCUGAAACGCUGCUGGCCGAUGCUGUCACCGAGACCGUCACUGUGGGUACUCUUCCUCCUCUCCUCUUUCUGAACGAGACCGUUUUGGAGAAGACUGCCUCGGAGAGAGAGGAUGAGGAGAAGAUUCUCUCUCGCACCGAAGACCAGAGGUCCGACCUCAUCUCCGGCGUGUACGAGGGUGGUCUGAAGGUGUGGGAGUGCACGUACGACCUCCUGGAGUGGCUGGACAGCGACGGGGAGACGUUUGGCGAAAAGAGAGUUCUGGAUUUGGGCUGUGGGGCUGGACUGCUAGGAAUACUGGCUCUGAAAAGAGGUGCCAGCAAGGUCCACUUUCAGGACUACAACAGCACCGUUAUAAAACAGCUCACUCUGCCGAAUGUACUGCUGAACAGCCAAGAGGACGGGCCUGGAGAGGAAGAGAGUGGUAGUGACAGUGAUGAAGACGGGAAGAGGAAAAACGAUUGUGAAAAGGGGAAAGGUGACGAGGACCUAAAGGACGGUGCUCCACCAGCGAAGAAGAGCCUCACUGAACCACCUCAGCACUCUGCGCUUCUGGCCAGGUGUCGUUUCUACUCCGGUGACUGGACCACCUUCCUUGCUUUGGUUGUAAAGGCUGAGCCGCCGCCAAAGUAUGACAUUAUAUUCACCUCCGAGACCAUCUACAACACGGCGUACUACCCGUCCCUGCACGAGACGCUCCAGACACUGCUUGCCCCAGACGGAGUGGUGUACCUGGCCACCAAAGCCCACUACUUUGGGGUGGGAGGUGGACUGCUUCUGUUUGAGCAGUUUGUGGAGGAACAGGGCAUUUUCUCCCUGCAUCACUUAUGGGAUGUCGAGGAAGGGCUGAAGAGACAUGUGGUCAGCCUGCGUUUCAAAACAGGCGAAAGUACUUGAAUUAGUUUCUGUAUGAUUUUAUACACCCAGUGAGCUUUUGACUUUUUACGCUACUUCCUCAAGUGGAUGACAAUAUGGAGAAGUUUGAGUUGAACUAUUCAGCGGAUUUGUAAGAGAUUACAAAAUAAUGUAAAAGAUUCGGAAAUUGCACGACAGGCCCACUUACAUUACCGGAAAAUAAAUGUAUAAAUAAACAUAAAAUAAAAAAAAUUGCUGGAAUUUAUAUAUAGCCUAUAUAUAUUAUAUCUUAAUAACACAGUUGUCCUAUACUGCCUGAAAUGUUCUAUAAAAUAAAAAUGCGGUU